CCCAUUCCCUCCCUCCUCUGUCCAGUUCUCCUCCCAAACAGAGCAAGAGCAAACGGGCGGCUGGAAAACACCCAAGAAAGAGGAGGAAGAAGAAGAAUCGAGAAGGCAAUGGCGGCAUCGAACUCGUACGAGGAGCAGCGCCGUAGGCAGAUGGAGGACAACCGCCGGAAGCUCGACGAGCUCCGCCUGCACCAUCUCUCCGCCGCCGUCCGCGAGGCCGCCGCCAGGCCCAAGCCCAACCCCAAGCCCAGGCCGAAGCGCAAGGCCCCGGAGCCCGGCGAGCUCCGGCGGUCCGGCCGCGUCGCCGGCCUCCCGGAGCAGCCCAACUACCUCAAGGGCGACUACCGUGGAGUGUACGAGGCGUAUGCCGCUUCGAAAACACCGACCGACGAGGAGAGGGCCGGCGCCGUCGCCAAGGCCGAGGAGCUCCAGCGCCGGAUCCACCGCAUCCGCUGGCCCGCCUUCGUCAAGCCCAUGAGCCACGAAUGCGCCACCAGGUCAAUCCUGAUGCAAUUCCCCAAGCACUUCAUCAAGUAUCUACCGGCGCACGAUGAGGCAGCCGUCCUGGUGGACGAGGCGGAUGACGAGUUCCACAUGAUGUACAAUGCCCACAGAAAGGGCAAACACUGUCACUACUAUCUCGACAAGGGGUGGAGACGGUUCGCUGCCGACCAUGACCUUGCCGAUGGCGAUUGCUUGGUUUUUCACAUGACACAGAGGGCAAAGUUCAAGGUCUACAUUUUUAGAGCAAGCCCAGACUAUGAAAGCGACCAAACUUCUGAUGACUCUGAGGAUGAAGAGUAAUGAAGGUGUGUGCUUCCCAAGCUCGACCGGAGCAGGAGAAGCACGCUCUCCGCUGUUAUUGGAGUCGGCUGCCGUGAUUUUGUGCUGGUUGCGUGUAGAGUCGCAUACUCGGACCCUGCCAGUGUAGCAGACCUGCAUUAUAACAUAGGUUAGAUGGGAGUAGCAGGUAACAGUGUGUGGUGCUGACCUUGUAUUGGUUCAAUUAAAUGAUUGUAGUCUGACGAUGAUCUCGAGUGCAUUUUUUCGUGGAUAUUCCUGUUUGUUUUCGGCUACUGAAAUGAUCAUCCUCUUGAUGUUGAGUUCUUGGACACUGACCCCUGGCCCUGGAUAAUGAUCA